CCUCUUGCGCACACAAUGAACCUUGUCAGGGGCAGAAAAAAAGGCCGACGUGCCAAGGACUAGGGCUAGCGCGGGCGGCCUGCAAGCAAGGGGCCGUCCGUGGUGGCUGCUUCUAUGCCAAGCGUGGAUGACAGGGGGCGCUCAGCGACCGCACUUUCAGGCCGAGCAGAGGCUUCGGGACUCCCACCUUGAAUCGACCAAAAUCCGGGGAAAUGACCGACAGGCAGUUCGUGCGUUGAGUGCCGUUUCGUCGCGUAUAGAUUGGGCUCAUUUUGUUGGCCAUGUUCGUGAUAUCUCCUUCGGUCUGGCAUCUGUUGCUGUUUCGGAUCACAGGGUCAACAUCCCACUCUUGGAAGGUGCGGCCGUCUCCAGCCUCCCUCUGGUAGCGAAAUGGUGCGAGAUGGCCGGAAUCUGUGGUCUUGCUUGCCUCUUUCGUCCAACCUCAUCCAUCCAUCCCUUCUUCUCGCCCUGGGAUGAAGAUGCAUGGGCAAACCUGGCGGUAGGCUUGCGCACCCAACCCAAUGAACACCCCUGGGGACCUGGAAGGUGUGUGCUGGAUCGAGGAUUCAGGAGAACAGCUCAGGCUUUCUCCCCUUCCUGGCGGUUUGGGACGCGAGGGCAAGCAUCGUCCGCCCCGAUCUCACAGCCACUCACCGUGCCGAAUGUCCUCAUGCCGAGCACUGGAAGGAGGUACCCCUGCCUAAGAAACAGGGGUCUAAAGGUGGGGCAAGUGCUACCGACGUUCGUGAGUGGCACAGAGCGCCUUGACGCUGAAACGGACGUCUGCGGGGCUAAGAAGCGGAUAAAAUCUAAUCAAGACAGUGGAAACCUCUUUCGACUACUCCGUGUGAACCUGGCAAAGGUUUACUAUGUUCACCUCAGCUGUUGCAGAAAGGAUCUAGUCAUCUGCGGAUUUUUUUCUUGUUUGAUAAAAGACUCAAAAGCUCCCUCCAUCGGCGCUUAGUAGGCCUUGCGGGGUUACCUAUCCGAGGCCAGCUUGCGUGGCCGAGCUGUCAAACUGCCAGGAUCUCUUGCCUGGCCUUGCCCAGCAACCUCCUAGGCCUUCCACGUCGUUUUCACACGUAUGGACAUUAGACGGGCCUAGGGGGACUGGCGAAGCACAGCUUUAGGUAGAUCAGGUGUUCCCUCGCCACGAACCGGUCAGUAGAAACAAGAGCGAAAAUCCUUGAAGAUGUCCAGACGGCCUGAGCAUGAGGUCUUAUUUCGCCUACGUUUAUUUUUGCAACGUUCAUGCACGUCAAGGACGGUGGCGCAGUCGUCUGUUCUCAGGCGGAUAUUGACGCGAUGACAUGAUCGACGCCGGGGGUUUCCCGCAAGCAAACCGCCCCAAUGCCCGGCAGCCUGGCUAGCUAGGUAGGUAUGGUUGUAAUG